GGAAAAAAAAAUUACAGAACCACGCAGAUCGCAAAAAGAAACAAACGCAAAUAGAAUUUCUUACAUUUCUGAAACUAGUAUCUGAUUACAUAAAAUACGACUAUAAAGAACGAAUUGAUUAAAAAUAAUUGGCUUCGCCGGUGAAUGGCAAGUUUUAAGGAUCGAUCUAGAGAUGAAAUAUCAUCAGCUACCCUUAUUACAGAAUUAAUUCCCAUUCAUACAAAUAAAAAGAAUAAAACCUGGGGCUCUGAAUCAUGGUGUUGUGCUUUCUCACCUGAUGAGUCGUAUUUUGCUUGGUCUUCUGGCAAUAAUGUUGUUACUCUCAUACCAUGGACUUUCUGCAAAAAUACUUUGUUUAAAUACUCAGAAGUAACUGUUCCUUUUAAGCCUGGAGUAGGGAUUCUUGUUGACAGCAAACAUGAAGUUCAAGACUGUUUUGGAUGCAGCACGAUUUCUGUACAGACCGGACAUCUUGUUCGAUCUAUGGCUUUUGGAUCUUCGACGUAUGAUUAUACUUCCCAUGCUUCCUCUCCAUUUUGGUCCAGGCUAAGUUCUUACAAAGAUUUAGUUUUGGCUACUGGACACAGUAAUGGACGAAUUCGUACUUGGGAUGUAAAAACAGGAAAACUUAUCCUAGAGUUGAUGGAUCAUACUGAUAUGGUUUCACAUUUGUCUUUCAAUCCUACUGGUAAUUUAGUACUGAUAUCAUCUUCCUAUGAUGGAACAUUAAAAAUAUGGGAUUUUCACGAAGAUGGAAACAUGUUCCAAACUUUGAAAAUGAACAGCAGACCUAUAUAUUCUUGUUGCUGGUCUCCAGAUGGUAAAACCAUUGCUUCUGUUGGCAUGUGCAAGCUGGUUUAUAUUUGGGAUGUUAAAACAUUGAAAUUGAAAGCUAAGCUUGAAGGUCAUCUCCAUGACAUUGUUGCCUGUGCCUUUUCCACCGAUAGCUGCCUUAUUGCAUCUGCCUCUUGGGAUACAAGAUUAAUCUUAUGGGAUGCAUACUCAGGACAAAUGCUCAAAUGCUUUGGCCAUCUACACCCGUCUCCUCAUCUCAUUUUUGCUUCUGGAGAUAACGGAGCAUGGAUAAGAGAUAUGUCCUUUUCAUUGGAUGGUGCACAUAUUGCUACAAUUGCAGAUGAUGGGUUUUUGCGAUUUUGGGACAUUACAUCUGAUGAAAAUCCUGAAGCAGUUGCUGCAAUUGAUAAUUCAUUAUGUUGUACCUUUUCUCCUUCUGGUCGAACAGUUGCCGUUGGAAAUAGAUAUGGACCAGUCACAUUUUGGAGAGCAUCCCUUUGUGUCAAGCCUCUUCUAUUCCUGUCCAGGAUUGCAGUCCGGAAAAUGAUUCCUUCUGAAGACAUUCAGAGUCUCCUCAUUCCCAAGCGCUUAAUUGACUAUCUGCUGUAUAAAGAAUUUGAAUGACGACCUUCAUUUGACAUCUCAGUCCUACAUGUAACCCAGGGGAUCAAAGUAUGGUCAUUGUAAAUAUCAUAGAUGUAUUUUAUACUUAAAAUGGAAAAUGCUUAAUUAGAAAAUGCCCUUUUUGAACAAAAAAGAAAAAGAAAAGGUUUUGUUGAAUUUUCUUUCAUGUUGUGGUUUUAUUAGUAUGGUUUUCAAUAGUGAGUGCAAUAUUUCCUACAUUUUGUGUGCAUGUAUGUUUGUGUGUGAUAUUUUUCUGUGCUCAAUUGAUUUUCUUAAGAAUGAUGAAACAAAUUUUCACAGUACACGAAUUAUUUAUGAGUUAGAUGUAAUUAUUUCAUUUCUUAAAAAGAUUCCUUUAUUUUGCUGUUAUUAUUUUUUUAAAUACAAAAUGUAGUUGCUCAGUUGCAGAGAAGACUGCUUUGAAAGAAAACCCAAAUGUUGAAACUGCUGUUUGAUUAAGGAGCAAGUGGCUUAAGAUAGUUUCAAUAAAUGAAACAAUGGACAACACUUUAAAUCUUUUUAAAGUUUUGCAGUCUAGCUUUAAAAUGAUGAUCUGUUGUUAACUUUGAUCGAAAGUAAUCUUAUCAAAUUAUGGCAAAAGUGAUCAAUAUGUAUCAAAGGAAGGGAUUAUUCUUUACAAGCUCUUUAACAAUUUCUUUCAGUUCUUUAGUUCUUAUUUCUAAAACUAACUAUUUGCAAAAAAAUAAUCCAUUUUUUUUGUAAAAGUUACUUUACUUUUUAUAUUUAAGCUUGUUCCUGUUAAUUACCUAAAAGCUCUUUCAUAAAACUUUUUAACAUAAUGAGCUCAAUAAAACUCCUUGAAAAAUUAAAUGAUUGUAUGGAAUAAUUUAAAUUAAGGUGCACAGAUUUUACCAUCUGAAAUAACUAUUACCAAUGCAUUACUGUCAUUAAUGUUGCAAAGAAUUGGUAUAUUUUUUU